AUGAAUCCAGCGACGCCUUUGGAGCUUGUAGAAGCUGAUACAGCUGUAGCAGCAUCAGCCGCUGCUAAACCAGUGGUUCCUGACAAGGCAGUUCCUGUUGCAGUCGUUACGGUAGAGGUUGGUGGAAGUGGCAGCAAGGAGGUGGCAGCAGCUGAGGAGGGAGAAACCAUUGGGGCAGCAGCAUCAGUCGUUGGCGAACCAAAGCAUACUGACCUGGCGGGCGUAAGUGCUGCGGAAAAGGCAGUGCCAGUGGAGGUCGCUCCAGCGGAGGUUAGUGGAAGCGGAAGCAAGGAGGUGGCAACAGCCGAGCAGGGAGCAACCAUUGCAGCAGCAGCAACAGCCGCCGGCGAACCAGCGGUUACUGGCAUGGCUGCUGAAACCUCUGCAGAUAAGGCAGUUCCAGUGGAGGUUGCUCCGGCGGAGGCUGAUGGAGGCAAGCAGGUGGCAGCGGCUGAGGAGGGAGCGCCCAUUACGGCAACACCAUCAGCACCAAGACAUGACUUUUUCCUGCCCGCGCUGGAAAGGAGAAAGCGCAAACAAGCAGAGAAGAAACAGCAGCAGCAGCAGCAAGAAGAGCAGAUGCAGCAGCAGCAGCGGGUGGGUGAGGUGAAACGUAAGCGGGGUCGACCCAAGAAAGGAGGGAAACAGAUGGAGGCGGUCGAGGGUACCACGGUAGCAGAGGCGUAUCCUGCAGUGGCUGGUGACGUGUCAGCCGCUGACAUGUCAGCCACCCCUGUAGCUGACGUGUCACCCGCUCUUGCAGCUGAUAUGUCAGUCGCCCCUCCAGCUGACGUGUCACCCGCCCCUGCAGCUGACGUGUCACCCGCUCAUUCGACACCCGUCGUCGCGUCCAUGUCCUCUGUGGGCUCGCCCGUAGGCGUUGGUGUUGGGAGGAAGCGUGUGAGCGUUAUGGAGGAGUUGAGUGCGAUGGAGGAGGAUGGGGAAGACACUCGGCAACAGGUGCAACAAAAGGAGCGCGAAGAGGUGAAAGGGAAUGAGCAAAAGGGGACGGUGAAGGAGAAGGAGGAGCGAGUGGUUGAUUUCAGCAGGGAAGGGACAGUCGACGUGGUCGGGGCUGAAACUAGGCCGUGCGGCAAAGGGGACGAUGAGAAUGGGGAUGCUGCAGAGCAGACUUUUGGGGCUGCCGAAGCUGCUGCUACCACUGGAACAGCACAGCCGGCCCUAUCACACCAGGCACAGCUCGCUUCACCAGUGGAAACUCAACCGACUGCUGCAACAGAGACGCUUGGCAAAGCAGCUGCGGUUUCUGGUGGGUGUGGGCCGGUUCAGGCUGCUCCAGUGGAGGAAGCAGCAGCACAGCCACCCUCAGUAGACCAGGCACAGCUCGCUUCACCAGGCCCAGUGGAACCUCAACCGCCUGCUGCAGCAGAGGCGCUUCGCGAAGCGGCAGCAGUUUCUGGUGGGCCAGUUCAGGCUGCUCCGGUUGAAGCAGCUCAACCAGCCCUGGUUCACCCGGCACAGCUCGCUCCGCUGGUGGAAUCUCAGCAUCCUGCUGUAGCAGAGGCGCUUGGCGGGGUGGGGACGUCCCGUUAUGGUCGGAGGCUGAAGCAGAGGAGUCUUUUCCAGCCAAAUGCCUUGCAGGAACGGCCAAGGACACGCGGAAAGCCUGCUGCUGAAGGGCACCCCACUGCUGCAACGACUCAGAAGGCUACAGCGACUCAAAAGGCCACACGCGAAAGUUUGAAAGGAAUGCGUCACAGUGAGAGCAGAGGGCCUGUUUCCAGAGGAGGGAAGCGGCUGCAGCAGAUGAUGCUAGGGAUCCGGUUUGUGCCCGUGGGUGGUGAGUUUGAUAGGGGGGGAGCGGUGGUGCUACCUGUGUACUUGUGUGAUACAAAUGAAGCUGGUUAUGCUGGUGAGGGGUUGGCGGAGCGUGAUAAUAACGAAGAGCGACUUGAUAGCUCUGCUCGUGUGGAUGGGUCUGGUCAUGUUGACGGGCCAGGGGGGGUUGGCACUCCAGGGGGAUUAACCAGUGGUAGGGAUGGGGUUCUUGGUGGCUUCGGGGGAGGUGUUACUGGGAGAGGGGCAGCAGUUGGGGCAGGUGGGAAGGCUGCUGGUGGUGGGGGGUUCUUUGGUGCGCGGGUGAUCAGGUUUCCUGGUCGGAAGGUUCCUCUGCUGCCUCUAAAUCCCUUCCAUGUAACCCAAGAGGCAGAGGGGACGAAGGAGGGACAGGACCAGCAGCAGCAGCAGCAGCAGUAUUGUAUGAAGUCGUUAGUUGUGACGUUUCAAAAGGAAGAGCAGCGGCAGCAGCAUCGUAUGAAACCCACCCUCCCCGGGCUCCCCCCCCUCGGGCAAGUGCUGUUUGGCCGCUGUGCUGCUGGUGUGUAUGGGAGAAUGUUCCAAGAGGGAAAGGGAGAGGUAAAAGGGGAGGAGACAAGGCGGGGGCGGGAGGGGACGGAGGGAGGAUUCGGGGAGAAGAUAGAGCAACAGCAGGGAGCAGCUUCUAUUGCUGGAUGCUCGGCAGCAGCACAGGGUGCAGCAGGGCAUGCAGCAGUUGAUACAGCAGUUAAUGCUGCAGUUGAUAUGGACGCUGAUACGGCAGUUGAUAUAGCAGUUGAUACGCCAGUUGACACAGCAAAGGGUACAGAAGGGAAGGCAGGUGCAGCAGCAGGUGCUGCCACAGGUGCUGCCACAGGUGCUGCCACAGGUGCUGCCACAGCGAGUGGUGGCCGGCAGAGCAGGCGAGCAAGGGCAGUGAAGCAAAGGAGAGUGGGGAGGGGCUCUGAUGAAGAGGACAGGGAGAGAUCUGGAACUGGAGCUCGGACAGAGAGUGGCGACAGGGAGGACUGGAGCGAUAGUGACAGUGGUGGUGGUGACAUGGAGCGUGACUGUAGUGGGAGUGAUUACAGUGCAGAGGGUGAUUAUAACGAGGGGAGUGACUCGGAUGGUUGGAUGGAGGAGGAAGGGGAGCAGCUGCCAUGUGCUGUGCUGCUAACAGGACCUGUGGGGAGCGGCAAGACAGCAGCUGCAUACGCCUGUGCAUCAGCUCUCGGCUUCCAAGUCAUGGAGGUCAACGCAUCUGACGCUCUUGACGGAGCGCUGCUUCAUGCCAAACAGCCUCCCUCUCUUCCCUCUUUCCUUUCCUUUCCGUCCGUUUCAGAGCGGCAAGACAGCAGCGGCAUACGCCUGUGCAUCAUCCCUGGCGGCAAGACAGCAGCGGCAUACGCUUGUGCAGCAUCUCUCGGUUUUCAAGUCGUGGAGGUCAACGCUUCUGACGCUCGAGACGGCGCGCUGCUUCGUGGAAGGUUCUCCGAGCUCCUCUUCUCGCACCGCCUCUCCACCAAUCACGUCCUGCCACGUGGCACCCCUUUCUCUCGUGCUGCUGCUGCCGCUGCCGUCCCUGCUGCCCCUGCUGCUGCUGAUCCUGCUGUUGCUGUUCCUGCUGCUGCUGGUGAUGCUUUUGGUGUUCCUGCGGCUAAAUCAAGGCGCAUGGGAGCGUCGGUGCUUCUAUUUGAGGACGUGGAUGUGCUUAUAGAGGAGGACAGGGGCUUCGUUACACUGCUGGUGCAGCUGCUGAGUCCCUCCCGCCAGCGCAACAAACGCCCCAUCAUCCUAACUGCCAACUCUCCCAACCCCAACCUUCCCGCAGCCCUCACUCGCUUCAUCAUUCCCUUUACUAGGCCCUCAGCAUGCCAAGUGCUGCCGCUGCUGCACAAGGUUCAAGACAGUGCUUUUGCACCAGUUACAAAGUUUUUGGCUGCCCGGUUGACUGCAGAAGUUGCGAAAGCAGCAGAGGGGGAGCGGGAAGCAGUUGCAGGGGUGCUUGGAAGGAGAUGGGAGGGGAGGAGGAGGAGGGAGGAGAGGGAGAGGGAGAGGGAGGCGAGGGAGAGGGCUGAGAGGAGGAGGUUGGAACGGGCAGAACGGGCAGCAGAAAAAGAGAGGGAGAGGGUGGAGAGAGCGAGAAAGCGGGCAGCGAGAUUAGCUGCAAUGGAAGAAGAGGGAGAGGAGGUGGUGGUGGUGGGGGGUGAUAACGAGGAGGAAGUGGGGGAGGUGGAGGAGGAGGGGGAGGAGGGGGAGGAGGGGGAGAGGCACAAAGAUCAAGGGAACAGUCAAGAAAGACAUGGGGAAGCUGGAGUGGGGGUGCAUGGAUUACCCGAUUCUGAAGCGCCUCACAAGCAGAGGACGGUUGUGAGGUCAGAUGAUGAGGAGGAGGGGGAGGAGAUUCGCAGAGGACAAGGUGGAGUGAGCGGGCCUAGUUCUGGGCCGACUGAAAGGCACAAGGUUCCUGAAGUGCCUCACAAGCAGAGGACGGUUGUGAGGUCCGAUGAUGAGGAGGAGAACGAGGAGGCGUCAGAGACGCACAGAGUGAGAGGUGUGGGAGAUAAGGAGGCUUGUAGUGAGGCAGUGGAAAGCAGUGGGGCGGCAGCAGGUGUGGCUGUAGCAGAUGCAGCAGACUUGGCUGUAGCAGAGGAGGCUGUAGCAGAGGAGGCUGUAGCAGAGGAAGCUGUAGCAGCGGAGCCUGUAGCAAAUUCGGCUGUAGCAGAGGAGGCUGUAGCGAAGUCUGUAACUGCAGAUUUGGUUGCAACAGCGGAGCCUGUAGCAGAGGAGGCUGUAGCAGAGGAGGCUGUAGCAGAGGAGGCUGUAGCAGGGGAGGACAGAGUGAGAGGAGGGUUAGGUAAGGAGGCUUGUAGUGAGGCAGCGGAAGGCAGUGGGGUGGCAGCAGGUGUGGCUGUAGCAGCUGUAGCAGACGAGGCUGUAGCAGGGGAGGCUGCAGCAGGGGAGGCUGUAGCAGAGCAGGCUAUAGCAGAGACGGCAGCGGCAGAGGGAGCUGUAGCAGAGGGGGCUGUAGCAGAGGGGGCUGUAGCAAAGGGGGCUGUAGCAAAGGGGGCUGUAGCCAAGGAGUGUGUAGGAGAGGAGGCUGUAGCGAUGGGGGCUGUAGCAGACGAGGCUGUAGCAGACGAGGCUGUAGCAGAUGACAGUGUUAGAAGAGGGUUACGUGAGGAGGCUUCUAGUGAGGCAGUGAAAGGCAGUGGGGCGGCAGCAGGUGUGGCUGUAGCAGAGACGGUUGUAGCAGACGUGGGGAGGGAAGGACAAGGGGAAGCACAGGGUGGUUGUGAGAGGGGGCGAGAGGAGGGUGAGAAGGUGAGGGAGGAGGGUGAUGAGGGCAGAGAGGAGGUUGAGAAGGGGAGGGAGGAGGAAUUGGAAAAGGAGAAACAGGAAUGCGAUGAGAGGAGGGGGGGAGCCGAGAAUGGGCUGGAGGAAUGUGGUGAGGUGGAAGGGCAGGUGGAUGACGUGGCAGUUGGGAUGCAUGAGGUGGCAGUGGAAGCGGAUGAGGUGGCAGUGGAAGCGGAUGAGGUGGCAGUGGAAGCGGAUGAGGUGGCAGUGGAAGCAAAUGAGGUGGAAUUACUAACUGAUGACGUGGAGGAUGAUGAAGAUCCGUUGCUGGAGGAGCUGCUGCCACAUGGCAACACGCGAUUUGAAGAGGUGUGCUCUGCCAGCGCAGCAGACACCUGGAAGGAGCUCAAGCGCCAGGUGCCGCCUUCUGAUUGGCUAGCAGCACACAGGCCCAAUCCCGAGGCUACGACCGAGGCUCGGCAGGAGCUGGCUCUGUUGACUCGGUUGACCGAGCUGACUGCCAGGCUGGCAGAUGCUGACGUCAUCGAUGGGGUUUUGACUUGCCGGAGAUUUCCCUUAGGGCUGGAGACUGAGGUUGACUUUGACAGGGGCAAGGAGAAGACUGGCGUUGACUUUCUUGACUGGCGGGAUCCAGUCCCCUACCAUGCGAUCCUAUCCCCAUCAGCGGCAGUACAAUCCUCUCAAGUACCUUCUGCUCGAGUCUGCCACUACCCUCAAGCCGUGGUGCCAAAUGCUGCUGAUGCUGCCACCACUGCCACCACUAGCAACACUGCCAAUGGUGCCGAUGCAUUGGGAGGGCAUUGGCGAUGGAACCAGGAUUAUUGUGGCAUGGAGGGGCAUUCACACGAGGACGACUGGUGCCACUUGCCUGCUUCUAUCGAAGCUGCUCUUAAAGGGGACAGCACUCCUACAGAAAGCAGUCCAGAGUGUUUCAUGAGUCAGCAGCAUACAAGAAUGAGAGCUCCCUCUACAAGGGUUGAUCGAAUCGUGCUACCAGGGGAUGGUACACCAGCAGAAAUAGCUCCUAUAUUAGCUUAUAGAGCCACGCUUCAUACACUCACAUCCGUUCUCCCUCCCAAGGCAACUCCAAGGUCGGGUGGUUCUAGUGGGAGUGAGUGUGACAAUAACGAGGGUGGUUGUGGGAGGGUGUGUGAGGAUGGAGGGUGGACGAGGGAUGAUGCUGUUCGAAUGUGGUUGUCACUGGGUAGAGUGUUGGCGGUGCAUGGUGAUGGCGAUGCCAUAGGGUGGUUGGUCCAUAGCUUCUCAUGA